GCCUAAGCGACCUUCGCCAAGGCUCAAUGGCUCGAGGCUCUCUCGUCCUGCUCACGCCUCAUCCAGCUUACGCCCGACAGCAAUUCAUCUAUCGAUCCAUCUGGCGGCUAUAAAAGAGACGGGGCAACAUGGUUUUUUCUCCCUCCAUCUCGUCUUCACUCAAUCCCUUCAUCACCACCUCUCAACCGCAAUCAUGCGUCUUUCCCUGAUCCUGAGUCUCGUCACCUCGGCUUUGGCCCUGACCUCUCCGCCUUCGGGAGCUCUUACCGUUGGCUCUGGGGGUACCUAUUCGACCAUCCAGCAGGCAGUCAACAAGCUCAGCACGAGCACGACGAGCUCGCAGUACAUCUUCGUCUACCCCGGCACCUACAAAGAGCAGGUUACCAUCCCAGCGCUCAGAGGUCCUCUGAACUUUUACGGGUACUCGACAUCCGAUAGCAGCUACGCUGCCAACGAGGUCACCAUCACGUACGGCCUGAGCCAAGCAGACGGCCUGAACAACGACGGCACGGCCACCCUCCGCGCCCACUCCCCCAACUUCUCCAUGUACAACGUCAACGUCGCCAACACGUACGGCAAGGGCAGCCAGGCCGUUGCGCUGUCGGCCUACUCCGGCGGCAACCAGGCCUUCUACGGCUGCAAGUUUACCGGCUACCAAGACACGCUCCUCGCACAGGACGGCCAGCAGUUCUACGGCUUCUGCUACAUUGAAGGCGCCACCGACUUCAUCUUCGGCCAGCACGCAGCGGCGUGGUUCCAGUCCUGCGACAUCGGCGUCGUCAGCGCCUCCAAAGGCUACGUGACGGCCAACGGCCGCAGCUCCUCAGGCAGCUCGUCCUACUACGUGAUCAACAAGGGCAGCAUCGGCGCGGCCAGCGGCCAGAGCGUCUCUGCCGGCGCGUACUACCUCGGCCGCCCGUGGGGCAACUACGCCCGCGUCGUCGUCCAGCAGACCUCCCUCAGCAACGUCAUCAACAGCGCUGGCUGGACUGUGUGGAACUCCGGCGACGAGCGCACCGACCAUGUCACUUUUGCCGAGUAUGGCAACUCGGGCGACGGUGCUUCGGGAUCCCGCGCUUCUUUUGCUACGAAGCUUAGUAGUGCCGUUUCCAUCUCUUCCGUCCUCAGUGGGUAUUCCUCUUGGGUGGAUUCGAAAUAUCUCUAGAGGGGUUGCGG